AACGUCGGGGGCGGGGACAGGCAUGCUCCAGAUGAGCGCGGGCGGCCAUUCCUCUGGACCUCUCCUUCCCGGUCGGCGCUAUAAAUCCCGGUCCCCGGCGUCCCCUCGUCAUCCCGAAGCUCCCCGGUUGACCUCCCCGGUCGCCUUCCUUCCUUUACCCAAAUCCUUCUCCAACGCACCGUCCUUACCCCUCCCACAACCAGGGGCGUCUUCCAUGGCCUCCUCCUAGUUCAUCCCGCCCGCCGCAACUCCUACAUUACAUUAAUCCUUCAAGAGAAGUACUGAUCAAAGAAGACGUACGAGGGUCCGUGUGAUCGGUCGAAUAAUGGCGAUGACGAAGAGCAUCCGAGGAGGAGGAGGAGGAGGAGGCGGCGCGUCGACGGUGCUGGUGCUGCUGUUGAUGCUGGCGGCGUCGGCCCCGGCGGCGCGCGCCGAGGACCCGUACGUGUUCUUCGAGUGGCACGUGACGUACGGGACCAAGACCCUGGUCGGGGUUCCCCAGAAGGUGAUCCUCAUCAACGGCGAGUUCCCGGGUCCCCGGAUCAACUGCUCCUCCAACAACAACAUCGUCGUCAACGUGUUCAACCAGCUGGACCAGCCGCUGCUCUUCACCUGGCACGGCAUGCAGCAGCGCAAGAACUCGUGGCAGGACGGCAUGCCGGGCACCAACUGCCCCGUGGCGCCCGGCACCAACUACACCUUCAAGUGGCAGGCCAAGGACCAGAUCGGAAGCUUCUUCUACUUCCCUUCCGUCGGCAUGCAGCGCGCCGCGGGCGGCUACGGGCUCAUCAGCGUCGUCAGCCGCCUCCUCAUCCCUGUCCCCUUUGACCCCCCUGCUGACGACCUCCAGGUGCUCAUUGGUGACUGGUACACCAAGGAUCACGCAGUCAUGGCACGGCUCCUCGACGAAGGCCGCAGCUUCGGGCGCCCUGCCGGGGUGCUCAUCAACGGCAGGGGCGGCAAGGAAGCCGCUGACCCGCCAUUGUUCACCUUCGAGGCCGGCAAGACGUACCGGCUCAGGAUCUGCAAUGUGGGGAUCAAGUCCACACUCAACUUCCGGAUCCAGGGACACGACAUGAAGCUGGUGGAGAUGGACGGCUCGCACACGGUGCAGGACAUGUACGACUCCCUGGACGUGCACGUGGGCCACUGCCUGUCGGUGCUCGUGGACGCCGACCAGAAGCCCGGGGACUACUACGUGGUGGCCUCCACGCGCUUCAUCAGCGACAAGAGCUCCGUGUCCGCCGUGAUCCGCUACGCGGGGUCCAACACCCCGCCGGCGCCCAACGUGCCGGAGCCCCCCGCGGGCUGGGCCUGGUCGCUCAACCAGUGGCGGUCCUUCCGGUGGAACCUGACCGCCAGCGCGGCCCGGCCCAACCCGCAGGGGUCGUACCACUACGGGCAGAUCAACAUCACCCGCACCAUCAAGCUGCUGGUGACCAGGGGACACCUGGAGGGGAAGCUCAAGUACGGCUUCAACGGCGUGUCCCACGUCGACGCCGACACGCCGCUCAAGCUCCUCGAGUACUUCAACGUCACCGACCCGGUGUUCAAGUACAACCAGAUGGCCGACGUGCCCCCCGCCGUCAUGGGGCCCCUCCAGGUCGUCCCCAACGUCAUCACCGCCGAGUUCCGCACCUUCAUCGAGGUCGUCUUCGAGAACCCCGAGAAGAGCAUGGACUCCGUCCACAUCGACGGCUACGCCUUCUUCGCCGUAGGGAUGGGGCCGGGGAAGUGGUCGCCGGAGCUGAGGAAGACGUACAACCUGCUGGACGCGGUGAGCAGGCACUCGAUCCAGGUGUACCCGAGGUCGUGGUCGGCGGUGAUGCUGACGUUCGACAACGCCGGAAUGUGGAACGUCAGGUCCAACGUCUGGGAGCGGUACUACACGGGGGAGCAGUUCUACAUCAGCGUCACCUCGCCGGCCAGGUCGCUGCGCGACGAGUACAACAUGCCAGACACCUCCCUGCGCUGCGGAAGGGUCGUCGGCCUGCCGAUGCCGCCCUCCUACCUCCCGGCCUGAUUCAAUCGAUCGAUGCAUGCAGCAGCAUCCAUCAUGCAUCCCGUGUUCGAUCUUCGACUGAUAUAUAUGAUGUGCACUAGCCAAAAAUGACAACGCCCAGCGUAGUAGGGCAUCGAAUCCACAUAUUAUCUAUACACCAUUCUAGGGUGGAGGCUGAGUUUGUUUCCGUUGUGUAUGUACUCCAUUCUUUGUUUGCUGUUGUUGUUGUGUUGUCUUUGUCGUCGUUCUUGGCCAUGAUUUUUCUUUUGCUUUGGUGGAAUAAGCACGGACGAGGGCUUAGCUAGGUCCCCUUUUUCAAAAGAACAAAGACGAAAGAAAACGUACUUACUAGGAGAAGAAGAAAAAAAUCGGCUGGGCCGGCCGGCUGGGAACGCAUCAAUGUAACCUCCACAUAUAUGGGCCUUCUCAAAUCAUUGUAAUGGGAGUUAUAAAUUUUACCACGUCAUUUUACCUAA